AUGAGUACAGCCAGAAACAAUGCGGCUGAAGACAGAUUGUUGCAUUUGGAGUCUUUGGUCCAGCAAUUGAUAGGGGGCCAGGGGACUGAGAAGUCAACAGAAGCUUCCGUGCAUUCUACUAAAGCAAGUUCAAAGCAAUUAAAUGUAACGGCAAACAACGACUCCCCAACUACGACGUAUUUUGGGUCCACCCAUUGGUCAGCUAUAUUGCAGGACAUUCAUGCGCUAAAGGUUGCAGCUGGAACAGCAGUUCUCGAUGCGAGCGAAGAGAGCCCGCCGCUCACAGAAGUGGUGGGUCACCAAAACAGCGAUGUAAUAUUUGGAUCAUCUGGAAAUUACUCUCUGCAGCAGAUAAUCUCCCAGUACCUUCCCGAGAAAAUUGAAGUCGAUCGCUUUCUUGCAGCAUACUUCUCAGCGAAGACAUAUAUUGCACCUUUCAUUCACACCUAUCAUUUCCAACGUCAAUAUCGGAAGUUCUGGCAGGAUGUCAACAAGGUCAAUCCUCUUUGGCUUUCCAUGCUAUUUUCUGUAUGUUACUUUUCGUCUCGGUUUGUAGCUUUGCCCGAUUCAGUACGGAAUCCAUCUACAAACACAAUCAGAGACUACCAUAGCUUUCAUACUGCAGCAGGAAAAUGUCUGGUACUUGGUCAAUACCACCGGCCACAAAAGUUUACGCUUGAGGCACUGCUUAUGUAUGCUCAAUGCAGGAACUUACAAAGCCUUGAUCCUUCUCGAGAAGUUGGUGCGAUACUAGCAGUUGCUGUCCGUUUGGGAUACGAAAUGGGCUAUCACCGGGAUCCAGACUACAUUGGAAAGUUCACUGUGUUUGAUGCUGAGAUGCGUCGGAGAUCUUGGGCGGUCUGUAAGCAGAUGGAUUUGAUGAUUUCAUUCAUGCUCGGUAUGCCUAGCAACAUCCGCUUUGAAGCUUGCGAUGCCAAAUCGCCGCAAAAUCUUAUGGACUCCGAUUUCGACGAAAGUUCCGUAACGUUGCCUCCGUCUAGAACAGAAAUUGAAGGAACAAAGUUAUUAUGGUUUGCGGUCAAAGAAAGGCUGGUUGUCGGCUUCUAUAAUGUCUACUGCGAUGCGCUUUCAUUUAAGGAGAAGUCCGAAAGCGAAAUUCUGCAGCUCGACAACGAGGUCCGAGGAAUGCAAAAGACUAUUCCCAAAAUUCUUCGAGCCCGUCCAUUAGCGGAAUCACUAGCAGAUGACUCAUUUCUCAUCAUGUCACGGAUCUAUUUAGAUUUCAUAUACCUUAAGAGUUUAUGUAUCCUCCAUCGCAAAUAUAUGAAAAAAGGAAAUGCUUUCAGUACCGAAGUGUGUAUUGAUGCGGGGUCGAAAGUUGUUGAUCAGUUCCUCGAUAUGAACAAGGAAAUCUCGCCAGGUGGACAACUCUACGACGUGCGCUGGAUGCUCAAUAAUUUUACGAUGAAUGAUUUUUUGUUAGGUGUCAUGGUUCUGUGUCUGGCAGUACACACCAAACUGAAAUCUGGUAGUCAGAUUACGACCAUACCUGUUUUGAUCGAUAGCAAGCUACUCGACUUAUUAAAGCAGUCGCAUGCUGUCUGUCUGGAGAAGUCUAGUGUCAGCAAAGAUGCUCAGAGCGUUGCCGGGGCUAUCAAACUCACUUUGGCUGCGGCUAAAUUGUCGAAGUCACAUCAUGAAAACAACACAGCUCCGGCUUCUCAAAGUCAAGUCGCCCAUGCGGACGAAGUAUCAUUUGUUGACGAGGAAGCCAUCGAUUGGUUUUCACUUGAAUUACCCGCCUGGACUGGAUAUAAUUAUAAUCCUGGUGAUGAGACAGCCUUCGAUUUGAUGGACACUUUAUUAGAUUUCUCAACCGUUGGUGUUGCAAAUAAUGAAUGGUCUGAAUUCGGUGCCUAA